AUGUUGCGGAUAGCCAAGUUUAAAUGUCUCGCAGACCACAGUAGCUGUCAAUAGCGAUUAAUAGCAAACUUUUCGAGUGUUUUGUGCAGUACAAUAGAUGCAUAUUAUUUCGGAAAUAAAAUUGACAAAAAGAAAAGUUCAAAGUCAAAACAUCAGGAGGAAAAAAAAGAAAAAGUUGAUUUUUUAUAACAUCAAGUGACAUGUAUCAAGCGAACAUUAAGUAAAUCAGGAUGGAAAAAAAUGUAGCAGCACAAGUAAAUAAAAUCUGGGCUAUUGGUCAAUCACAGACCAUGCAGAUUAGCUUCCAUUGCUUCAAGAGAGAAGGAGAACGGAUGAUACUGUGCAUAUACUUAACAAGUGGCAGCAGAGCCGACCGCUUCUGUCGACGGCGAUCCGUCAGAGAGUCGAGUCGCUCAUGUCAUAUGCUUUCUUCGUGUAUUCUCUAAAUCUCGUUUCGAUAAUCCACGUGCGAGUUUAUCUGCACUUGGCCUAGUAAUUAUGUGCGUUUAUAGAAAUAUCAGUUUUGGUGAAGUGCGAAUAGUUGAAUAAUAUAUCGAGAUCAGCAUCUGUUUUUGGUUGACACAAGUGCAACAAGUUGGAGAAUUCGCAUCAUGAAGUGCUUCAAAAGUUUCUUCAAACACACCUGGCAGCCGCAACAGAUGGAGAAUUCGUCGAGACGCGGCCACUGCAGCUACAACGAAACCGAGCUCGGCGAGAUCAAGGUGCAGCAGCAAGCGUUCCAAGUGCCCGCCGCGAAUCGCAGCCUGGCCUGCCACAACGGGGCAUGCAAAGGCUCGUCCGCGGCGGCGAUCAAGAUUCGGCCCGAGCAGAGCCUCGACAGCCCCUGGCACUAUUCCAAGACGCUGUUCCUCCUCGCGACCAUCCUCGCAUUUGUCCUCUGGAUAUUCGUCUAUGUGCUGUUGAAUCGGUACGAGCUGCUGUGAUUGUGACGAUCGACUGACGUUCUUUCGAUUCGCCAACGACGCAAUUGACUUCUCCAUCUGUAAAAUAAGUGAAACUAGCUUGUACAUAUAUAAGAGCAUUUAAUGCCGAAAGAACAAUUUAUUCGACGUGCAUUUGAGCAUUUAAUCGUCCUCUAUACUAAUGUAACAUAAUUUGAGUGUUUAAAUAAAUUUAUUAAAUAUAUAAGGUCUUGUGAAUGAGAAUGUGGGAAAAUGAAUGACUAUGCGUAUCUGAGAUUUGAAUUCAAAUUCACGCUAAAUUCAUCCUAUAAAAAUUGUCAAAAACUACAUUUGAAAUGAGCGUGUAUUGCAUUAAUGGGAGCCAUUCCAAUUUAUCUUGACGCAAAACAAAAAUUACCAGACACCGUGUAGCGUCACAAAAAUAAUUUCCUUUGAAUCUUUGAAGAAAG